AUGAUAUUAACAGGACCAGAAGAUAAGCAAAAAUCAGAUGAUCGAAUAUAUGGAGUAUUACCAUAUAUCGCUCCAGAAGUCCUGAAUGUAGAAAAAUAUACAUUUGCUUCUGAUAUCUACAGUUUUGGUGUAAUUAUGGCUGAAUGUUUAUCUGGAAACCCUCCCUUUUAUGAUAGGAAAUAUGAUUAUAAAUUAUCUUUAGAUGUUUGUAAUGGACUUCGUCCAGAAUUUGGAAAAGGAACUCCUGAAUUUUAUAAGAAAUUAGCUUAUAGGUGUAUGAAUGCUAAUCCAAAUCAAAGACCAACGAGCGAUGAAUUGAUGAAUAUAUU